AUGAACAAGAUGAUCAUCGCCAGUAAGACGACCAUUGACGAGGUCCAUGAGCACUCGAACGAGAAGAUGAGCAACUGCGAUCUUGACGGAGUUGCUGAGAGCGUGAGAUGCGAGUGCUGCGGGAUGUCGGAGGAUUGCACGCCCACCUACAUCCGUCGGAUCAAGGAGCAAUUUCACGGCAAGUGGAUCUGCGGCCUCUGCUCCGAUGCCGUCAAGGAGCAGAUGAAGCGAGCCAAAUAUAACACCGAGGAACAAGCGCUGGAGUCGCACAUGUCACACUGCAUCAAGUUCAACAGGACAGUCAGACUCAACCCCAAGCUCUCCCUGGCAGUGGCCCUGAGGGACAUCGCGAGGAAGAGCUCCGAACGCAGGACGAACACUGAAGCGAUGGUGUCCAACGAGCUUGUGAGCGUCAUCGGCUGUGGCCCGAGUUUGGAUCUCGAUCACAAGCAAGCGCAGAUACAGUGA